AUGGUCUCGCCGGUCGCGGCAGAGCGAGGCGCAGCGAAUCAAACAUGGCAGUCCCUUCGUGAGUCAGUAGUGCCGGUGGCCACAGAAACCAAGUCCGUGGCCGACUCCAAGUCGGCAAUCUCGAGGGUCGACUCGUGGGUCGACGACCACCUUUUGGUGCCACCUCCCCCAGCCGAGCCCGAUCACAUCGAUAAAGGCGACGGGGACUUCGGCGACGUCGCAGAUGGUGUCGCCGAUGGUGGUGUUACCGCGGACCCGCUCACGCGAAGGGUCGCAGUGUUGGAGGUGGAGAACUGCGAGAUGACCGGGCGAGUUUCCGGACUGGAGGCGAUGCUUCGCGAAAAGGAGCAGGAGUCGCACGAGCUGCGUCGCCAGCUGCUGGCGAUCACUCGCGCGCUGGAGGAGGGCAGCCACGCCGACACGCUGUCGCGCGCCGAGCUGAUCAACCAGGUGCUCAGUCUGGCCAAUCAGGUGAAAGAACUCUCCGACGAACGCGCGGCGCUGCUCAGCGCUCCUGGCGGCGUGGCAUUUAACUACGGCCUGGGUGGCGGGUCUAAAAAGUCCGUCGCUUCCGAAAAGGCCCCCGACAAACAACCCGACGGGGAAUUUGCAGGUGUCGAGGAAGGAAGCCCUGCAGAUAUCGAGGACAAGCUGGAUGAGCCGGCAGUAGCGGAUGCUGUGCGGGUGUCGAGCUACCGCCCUCCGCCGCCAGAGGCGCUGACACCCGCGUCUGCUGCGGAAGAGGAUCACGGCACGGAGGCGCUCUCCUCGGCGCCGUCAAUGGCGCCGUCGAUGACGCCGUCGCGGCCGGGCACGUCUCUCUCGUCGCGAUCGCAGCGGCUCAUCCCGCGAUCCUACACCAUGCCCGUCCUCGCCGCGUCGGGACCGUCGUCCCAGUCACGCCGCUCGGCGCUCCCCAUGUCAAUCGUACCGUACGACCCUGCUACUGCCGCGGAAAGCCUCGCAAAUGAAACGUUGCCGAUUGCAGGGGCUAUUGUUCCGUACCAGCCGCCGGAUGCUGGUCUAGUGGCAGGUGAGGGGGAAGGCUCCGAAAGCGCAGUUGUAACGUACAUGCCUCCAACGGCCCCCAGCGCUCGAUCCAAUCCGUUUGACCGGCCAAACACGUACGAGAUGAACCGUCCGCAGGUAUCGGGGCUGAGCGCGAAGCCGAGUCGCGUGCAGAGCUUCGUGCCGUCGACUGUUCCUGAAACGGCAGCAGAAGGAGCGACGUCCGGCCUCGGCGCAAUGCGCGGGGCGAUCGCGACGCUGAUCCGGUGCGGGACGCGCCCAGAGGUGCGCGAGAUUCAGAUUCGGCACCUGGAGAAGCUGAACCGGUCCAAGCGGGUGACCCCAGAGGAUAUCUUUGCUGCCAUUCAAUCCAGAUGCCUCACCAUUCUGGCGCAGGUGGAACCUCCUUCAGGAUUCAACAUUCUGGGCGUGAAGGUUAAGAUUCCCCGCAAACUCACCUCCAUCUCCUCCUCCAUCUCCCUCACCUCUACCUCCUCCGCCUCUACCACGCCUUCCAACAUCCGGGUCACUGACUCGGAAGCCAAGUUCCUCACCAGCCCCUCAGUAGAACUCGUGGCAUUCCUGUUUUCUGCCGUGGUCACGCACGCAUGGGCGCCGAUUGAGUGUUUUCCGGCCAUAAUGGAGCAGAUGGGCAACAUGUAUGUGCGGCGGCUGCUCAUUGUUGAUUUCCUGGAUGCUGCCUUCAAGCGCGUGGGUCGCCUGGGAGUGGACGCUCUGGUGCAGGAUCUACGGGGAAUAGACAGGCUGCUAGGAGUGAAGGAGGAGAGGCUGCCUUCAGUCAAGGAGCUUAGCAACUGCAAGGUUCUGAGCGCCAAGAGCGGCUUCAACCCGUCCGUCUGCCAGAUUUGCGGCGACGAUGUCGGCCGCACGGUGGAGGGAGACCUCUUUAUUGCCUGUAACGAGUGUGCUUAUCCCGUGUGCCGCCCGUGCUACGAGUACGAGCGCAAAGAGGGUAGCAGGGCUUGUCCUCAGUGCAAAUCUUUCUACAAGCGACUCAAAGGGAGUCCUCGGAUCGACACGGAUGACGACGAGGAAGAAACGGAUGACGUGGAGCAGGAGUUCGGCAUCUCGGAGAACAGCAGCGGUCCGGACGACGGCAACCGUCGCGGGAUGUCGCAGCAGCACGGGGAUCCUCAGCACCAGGGCCAGCAGCAGAUGCACCCGGAUGGUUCUAACGCGUACGACUCGUACCACGUCGGAUCGCACUACCCCAUGCUGACGUCAGGGCAGGUGGAUCCCGACAUGAGCAUGUCGUCGGAUUACAACAACGCGGGCGCCAUGGUCCCCGCCUCCGCGCUCCCCAACCAGGCGUACAACUACUCGCAGAGCAACGCCGGCGACAUGUCCAUGGACGUGCGCGCGCUGGACCCGAGCAAGGAUCUGGGCGACUACGGGUACGGCAGCGUGGUGUGGAAGGACCGCCUCGAGGCGUGGAAGCAGCAGCAGGGCCGCGGACCCAUGGGCGGAAUGGGCAUGAACGGCGCGCCCCCCGCGCCGCCCGUCCCCGGCCCGGACCCCAUGGAUACCGCUGAUCUGCCCAACAUGGACGAGUCGCGCCAGCCGCUUUCGCGGAAGGUGCACUACCCGUCGUCGCUGAUCUCCCCGUACCGGCUGAUUAUCAUCAUUCGGCUGUUCGUGCUCGCGUUCUUCCUGCGCUGGCGGUGCCUGAACCCCGUGGAUGGCGCGUGGUGGCUGUGGCUCAUGUCCGUUAUCUGCGAGGUCUGGUUCGCCUUCUCCUGGAUUCUCGAUCAGUUCCCCAAGUGGAUGCCCAUUAAGAGAGAGACGUAUCUCGACCGGCUCGCGCUUCGCUACGAGCGACGCGGCGAGCCGUCGCAGCUCGCGGCCGUCGAUCUGUUCGUGUCAACGGUGGAUCCGGCCAAGGAGCCACCGAUCACGACGGCGAACACGCUGCUCUCGAUCCUGUCCGUUGAUUACCCGACGGAGAAGGUAUCCUGCUACGUGCACGACGAUGGUGGCGCGAUGCUGACGUUCGACUCGAUGAGCGAGUGCAGCGAAUUCGCGAGGCGCUGGGUGCCGUUCGCGAAGCGUUACAAGAUCGAGCCGCGGUGCCCCGAGAUGUACUUCACGCAGAAGGUGGACUAUCUGAAGGACAAGGUCGACCCGCAAUUCGUCAAGGACCGCCGCGCCAUCAAGCGCGAGUACGAGGAGUUCAAGAUCCGGAUCAACAUGCUGGUGGCCAAGUCGCAGAAGGUCCCCGACGAGGGGUGGACGAUGCAGGACGGCACGCCGUGGCCGGGCAAUAAGUCGCGCGACCACCCGGGCAUGAUCCAGGUGUUCCUCGGCCCCAGCGGCGGCACGGACGUCGAGGGCAACCCGCUGCCGCGCCUCGUGUACGUCAGCCGAGAGAAGCGCCCCGGGUACAACCACCACAAGAAGGCCGGUGCCAUGAACUCCCUGAUCCGCGUGUCAGCCGUGCUGACGAACGCGCCGUACAUGCUGAAUCUGGAUUGCGAUCAUUACAUCGCGGACAGCAAGGCGCUGCGCGAGGCCAUGUGUUUCAUGAUGGACCCGAACGUGGGCAAGAAGUGCUGCUACGUGCAGUUCCCGCAGCGGUUCGACGGCAUUGACCCCAACGAUCGAUACGCCAACAACAACACCGUCUUCUUCGAUAUCAAUCUGCCGGGGCUGGACGGCAUACAAGGGCCGUGCUACGUGGGUACGGGAUGCUGCUUCCGCCGGCGCGCGCUGUACGGGUACGAUCCGCCCAAGCCUAAGAACAAGCGCAACAAGUGCGGCGUGCUCUGCUCCUGCUUCUCGUGCUGCGGCGGCGGCGGACGCGGCGACAAGGGCGGGCGCAAGGGGCGCAAGGGCGACGAGGACGAGGGGACGCUUCCGCUCUACGAUGGCGAGGAAGUGGGCGAGGGCGACAGCCUGGUGGCGCUCAAGAAGUUUGAGAAGAAGUUCGGCCAGUCGCCUGUGUUUGUGCUCUCCACGUUCCACGAGGACGGGGGCGGAGUGGCGUCUGCCAGCCCGGGGUCCACGCUCAAGGAGGCCAUUCACGUCAUCUCGUGCGGCUAUGAGGAGAAGACCGAGUGGGGCAAGGAGUUGGGGUGGAUCUACGGGUCGGUGACGGAGGAUAUUCUCACGGGCUUUAAGAUGCACUGCCGCGGCUGGCGCUCCAUCUACUGCAAGCCCAAGCGCCCCACCUUCAAGGGAGGAGCGCCCAUCAACUUGUCCGACCGUCUGCAGCAGGUGCUUCGUUGGGCCCUUGGCUCGGUGGAAAUCUUCCUCUCGCGCCAUUGCCCCAUCUGGUACGGCUGGAAGGGCAACAACCUCAAGGUGCUGCAGCGGCUGUCGUAUACCAACACUGUGGUGUACCCGUUUACGUCCUUCCCGCUGCUUGUCUACUGCACCAUUCCCGCCAUCUGCCUGUUCACGAACAAGUUCAUUGUUCCCGCGCUGGACACCACCUCCACGCUCUACUUCAUCGCUCUCUUCAUGACCAUUUUCGCCACGGGUCUGCUCGAGAUGCGGUGGAGUGGAGUGGGAAUGACGGACUGGUGGCGCAAUGAGCAGUUCUGGGUGAUUGGAGGCGUGUCGGCGCAUCUCUUCGCCGUGUUCCAAGGCCUGCUGAAAGUCCUUGCCGGUAUCGACACGAAUUUCACAGUCACUGCGAAGCAGGCGGAGGACGGGGAGUAUGCAGAGCUGUACCUCUUCAAGUGGACGUCUCUGCUAAUCCCGCCGCUCUUCCUCCUCAUCAUCAACUUCCUCGGGAUUGUCUGCGGCGUGGCGACGGCAAUGAACACGGGCGAUGGCAACUGGGGGCCGCUGUUUGGCAGGCUCUUCUUCUCCUUCUGGGUCAUCAUGCAUCUGUAUCCCUUCAUGAAGGGUCUCGGUGGACGUAACCAGGCCAUCCCCACGAUUGUUAUUGUGUGGUCUGUGCUGCUCGCGUCUAUCUUCUCGCUGCUGUGGGUCAAGAUCGACCCCUUUUCUUCUACGGCGCCCAGCUCUAGUGAGACCCUGCAGCAAUGCGGUGUGUCGUGCUAG